AUGUUAAAAAGACAAAGAGAAACGAGUCCAGAAUCCGCUGUUAAGCAAAGAAGGUUGGAACAGAGGCUUCCCUCCUUACCAGUACAUGGAAAAAGACCUAUACUAAAGGCAGGACUGUCAUGGACAGUCAAAGGAAAGGAUGAAGGUGCCCAAGGGUCUUUCCUGUUUGACACGGGUUGUACAGGAGCAAUCCUCAACCAGAGUUUUGUCAGGAAGCAUGGAAUUCCCUUAGUGCGGCGGGAUCAACCUCUGACAAUGCUUGAUGCUCAAGGAGAUGUCAUGAUGGGAGGAGGUGAGUAUUAUACUCAUCCGGUCCGCAUGACUAUGGGAGAUCAUAAGGAGACACUCCGAUGGGAGGUGGCUACUUUGGAAGAAGGAAUGACCGGCUACCUGCCAAUUAGUUGGGCUAGGAAGCAUAACCCGGACAUCAACUGGGAACUCAACACCAUGAGCUGGAGGAGUGACUACUGCAAGCAGAAUUGUCUCCCAGCGGCCACCAAGAUUGAACUGAUCUCUCCAUACCAGAUGUUGGAAGAGGAAGAGACAGUCUACCAAUUGGUUGAUUCAGUAUGGCAUGAUGAGGACGGAGGUGAUAUCGCUGAGAAGAUACACCACCUUUACCGGGAAUGGGCUGAUGUGUUCAGUCAAGAGAAGAUUGAGGAAAUGCCGCCGCAUUCCCAUAAUGAUUUGAAGAUCAAACUCUUGCCUUGCACCGCUCCCCCAUUUGGCCCGCUGUACCCAUGUUCCGCUCCAGAGUUGAAGGCCCUCCGAGAGUACCUGGACAAAGAAUUGUCUUCAGGAAAGAUCUCUAGAAGUAACAGCCCUGCUGCGGCGCCCAUACUGUUCAUUCCUAAGAAGGAUGGGACAUUGCGGAUUUGUGUGGACUACAGAGGAUUGAACAAGGUCACUGUCAAGGACAAGUACCCGCUGCCUAUCAUGAGUGAGCUCAGAGACAGGUUGUUCAAGGCCAAGAUCUUCACAAAGAUAGACCUGAAGAACGGCUUCAAUUUGAUCAGGAUAGCAGAAGGUGAUGAGUAG